AUGGCCGCCUCUCGAAAUCCGUUGGAUAACAUGAAAUCCACCUGGCGAACAUGGAAUCGAGACCAAUGGAAACUUUCACACAAAAUUCUCGAACACGCCAACGUGUACCACAUCGAACUCAACAGGGAUAUCCCAAUCCAUUCCAAGGAAGAGAAGAUACCAUACGUAUCUGACUGGUCACUAAACCGCUGGGUUCUUGUCAAUGCAGGAGUUCCACUCGUGGUCCACCAGAUUUUUACCUAUCUUACCGGAUACAACUUCCACCCGGUCAUCGCCUUCUUCUACUACUACUAUGCCUCGAGGCUGUUCACAACACGCGAGCUGCGGAGUCUUCGAGAGCUUGGUCAUACUUACGGGUUCCUAGAUGGCGAUAAACACGAGCGAGAUGGGGUACCGGACGUGGGCGUCUCAAAGGCUCUGAUCUCGGUCCUACUGGCUGGGUUUGUCCGCCCUCUUAUGACUGUGUGGCUCACCUACGAAGCAAACAAAGCACCUGCCUCACUCAGCUGGGCUUGGCUACCAGUAGAGGUCAGUCUCUAUGGCAUCAUCCUGGAUUUCUGGUUCUAUUGGUACCAUCGUGUCAUGCAUGAUGUGAACGGUCUUUGGAAGUUCCAUCGCACUCACCAUCUCACGAAACACCCAAACCCGCUGCUCACAAUCUACGCGGACUCCGAACAAGAAUUCUUCGACAUUGCCGGGAUCCCGUUGAUGACAUGGCUCACCAUGAAGCUUAUGGGUAUGCCGAUGGGAUUCUACGAAUGGCACAUUUGUCAGCUGUACGUGAUCUUUGCAGAGCUCGCUGGGCAUAGCGGUCUUCGUCUUCACGCUUCGCCACCCAACCCUGUGACAUGGUUGAUGCGGAUGUUUGAUGCUGAGUUGGUGAUUGAAGACCAUGAUUUGCAUCAUCGUCGGGGAUGGAAGAAGAGCCAUAAUUACGGCAAGCAAACACGAGUCUGGGAUCGGAUUUUUGGAACGUGCAGUCCCCGUAUCGAGAGUGUGGAUGCGAAUAUUGAUUACGAUAAUCCUGUUUCGAUGUCAAUUUUGUGA